UUCAGAUCUACAGUUUGAAGAUGGGUGUAACCAACAUGUAAUGUAGCACAAGAGCUGUCAGGCUCCAUUUCCUGCAGAGACACAUGUUGUUCAGAUCGCAGCUCAAACUUGUUUCAUUUCUCAGGAAGUGAAACUAAGACAGUCGUUGCCACUGAGAGCUGAAAUGGCACAGAAAGGAGUUCAGCUGGACCGAGAAACCUUCUCUUGUUCCAUCUGUCUGGAUCUACUGAAGGAUCCGGUGACUAUUCCCUGUGGACACAGCUACUGCAUGAGCUGUAUUAAAGGCUUCUGGGAUGAAGAGGAUCAGAGGAAGAUCUACAGCUGCCCUCAGUGCAGACAGACCUUCACACCGAGGCCUGUCCUGGUGAAAAACACCAUGUUAGCAGCUUUAGUGGAGCAGCUGAAAAAGACUGGACUACAAGCUGCUCCUGCUGAUCACUGCUAUGCUGGACCUGAAGAUGUGGCCUGUGAUGUCUGCACUGGGAGGAAGCUGAAAGCCCACAAGUCCUGUCUGGUGUGUCUGACUUCUUACUGUGAGAAACACCUCCAGUUUCAUUAUGAAUCACCUAGAUUUAAAAAACACAAGCUGGUCGACCCCUCGGAGAAGCUCCAGGAGAACAUCUGCUCUCGUCAUGAUGAGGUGAUGAAGAUGUUCUGUCGUACUGAUCAGCAGAGUAUCUGUUAUCUCUGCUCUGUGGAUGAACAUAAAGGCCACGACACAGUCUCAGCUGCAGCAGAAAGGACUGAGAGGCAGAGAGAGCUCGAGGUGAGUCGACAAAACAUCCAGCAGAGAAUCCAGGACAGAGAGAAAGAUGUGAAGCUGCUUAGACAGGAACUGAAGGCCGUCAAUCGCUCUGCUGAUAAAGCAGUGGAGGACAGUGAGAAGAUCUUCACUGAGCUGAUCUGUCUCAUCCAGAAAAGAAGCUCUGAUGUGAAGCAGCAGAUCAGAUCCCAGCAGGAAACUGAAGUGAGUCGAGUCAAAGAGCUUCAGGAGAAGCUGGAGCAGGAGAUCACUGAGCUGAAGAGGAAAGAUGCUGAACUGAAGCAGCUGUCACACACAGAGGAUCACAACCAGUUUCUACACAACUACCCCUCACUGUCACAACUCAGUGCAUCUACAGACUCAUCCAGCAUCAAUAUCCAUCCUCUGAGAUACUUUGAGGAUGUGACAGCAGCUGUGUCAGAGCUCAGAGAUCAACUACAGGACAUCCUGAGGGAGAAAUGGACAAACAUCUCACUGACAGUGACUGAAGUGGACGUUUUACUGUCAGAACCAGAACCCAAGACCAGAGCUGGAUUCUUAAAAUAUUCACGUGAAAUCACACUGGAUCCAAACACAGCAAACACACAUCUGUUUUUGUCUGAGGAGAACAGAAAAGUAUUCAUGAGUCAACAACAGUCUUAUUCUAGUCACCCAGACAGAUUCACUGUAUGCAGUCAGGUCCUGAGUAGAGAGAGUCUGACUGGACGUUGUUACUGGGAGGUGGAGUGGAGCGGGAGAGGAGUUCAUGUAGCAGUCGCAUACAAGAAUAUCAGCAGAGCAGGAGACUCAAAGGAAUGUGGAUUUGGAUUUAAUGACAAAUCUUGGAUGUUAAAUUGUUUUGCUAACAGUUAUAUAUUUUGGUUCAACAACAUCUCAACUCGCGUCUCAGGUCCUCGGUCCUCCAGAGUAGGAGUGUACCUGGAUCACAGAGCAGGUAUUCUGUCCUUCUACAGCGUCUCUGAAACCAUGACUCUCCUCCACAGAGUCCAGACCACAUUCACUCAGCCUCUCUAUGCUGGACUUCAGCUUUAUUAUUAUGGAGGCACAGCUGAGUUGUGUUCAUUUAAAUCUAAAGCUCCUCACAUCCUGUGCAGCAGACACGGCGACCAGGGAGCAUGUUUCAGCAGCUGUGGCUUUGUGGAAGAAGCUGUGGAUUUGCUGAGCGGCAGCCUGACCCACGAUGGGCUCCAGCUCGGCGGGGGCGGCGUUACAGAGCUGCUGGAUGCUGGGGAAAUGCUGCAGCAGGGCCAGAGCUUUGACCCUGCCCACCCCCGGGACCUGCUGUACCAGGGCCAGGACCAGGGGGUCCAACAGCCCAGACGCACUCCUCCGCCUGAAAGGGUUCUCCCUGCUCUCCACAUGGACCUGCAGAGGAUCAGAGCAGCAUCAGACAGCUUCUGCCCGCUGACCGGCAGGAGAGUCAGGCCGAGGUCAAACACCACAAACUUCUGGACAGCAGAGAAGUACUGCUCACUGAGUCUGGUGUUCUCCACCAGCACCAGCUGCUGGAAGCUGCUGCUGGCCUUCAAAUCAGGAGGGACGGAAGUGAAACUAAGACAGUCGUUACCACUGAGAGCUGAAAUGGCGCAGAAAGAUCAGCUGGACCGAGAAAUCUUCUCUUGUUCCAUCUGUCUGGAUCUACUGAAGGAUCCGGUGGCUAUUCCCUGUGGACACAGCUACUGCAUGAGCUGUAUUAAAGGCUUCUGGGAUGAAGAGGAUCAGAGGAAGAUCUACAGCUGCCCUCAGUGCAGACAGGCCUUCACACCGAGGCCUGUCCUGGUGAAAAACACCAUGUUAGCAGCUUUAGUGGAGCAGCUGAAGAAGACUGGACUCCAAGCUGCUCCUGCUGAUCACUGCUAUGCUGGACCUGAAGAUGUGGCCUGUGAUGUCUGCACUGGGAGGAAGCUGAAAGCCCUCAAGUCCUGUCUGGUGUGUCUGGCCUCUUACUGUGAGAAACACCUGCAGCCUCAUUAUGAUGCAGCUCCACUAAAGAAACACAAGCUGGUCGACCCCUCGGAGAAGCUCCAGGAGAACAUCUGCUCUCGUCAUGAUGAGGUGAUGAAGAUGUUCUGCCGUACUGAUCAGCAGAGUAUCUGUUAUCUCUGCUCUGUGGAGGAACAUAAAGGCCACGACACAGUCUCAGCUGCAGCAGAAAGGACUGAGAGGCAGAGAGAGCUCGAGGUGAGUCGACAAAACAUCCAGCAGAGAAUCCAGGACAGAGAGAAAGAUGUGAAGCUGCUUCAACAGGAGGUGGAGGCCGUCAAUCGCUCUGCUGAUAAAGCAGUGGAGGACAGUGAGAAGAUCUUCACUCAGCUGAUCCGUCUCAUCCAGAAAAGAAGCUCUGAUGUGAAGCAGCAGAUCAGAUCCCAGCAGGAAACUGAAGUGAGUCGAGUCAAAGAGCUUCAGGAGAAGCUGGAGCAGGAGAUCACUGAGCUGAAGAGGAAAGAUGCUGAACUGAAGCAGCUCUCACACACAGAGGAUCACAACCAGUUUCUACACAACUACCCCUCACUGUCACAACUCAGUGCAUCUACAGACUCAUCCAGCAUCAAUAUCCGUCCUCUGACAUACUUUGAGGAUGUGACAGCAGCUGUGUCAGAGCUCAGAGAUCAACUACAGGACAUCCUGAGGGAGAAAUGGACAAACAUCUCACUGGCAGUGACUGAAGUGGACGUUUUACUGUCAGAAGCAGAACCCAAGACCAGAGCUGGAUUCUUAAAAUAUUCACAUGAAAUCACACUGGAUCCAAACACAGCAAACACACAUCUGUUAUUAUCUGAGGGGAACAGAAAAACAACAUUCAUGAGUCAACAACAGUCUUAUUCUAGUCACCCAGACAGAUUCACUGGAUAUCAUCAGGUCCUGAGUAGAGAGAGUCUGACUGGACGUUGUUACUGGGAGGUGGAGUGGAGCGGGUCAGGAGUUUAUGUAGCAGUCGCAUACAAGAAUAUCAGCAGAGCAGGAAAGUCGAAUGAAUGUGGAUUUGGAUUUAAUAACAAAUCUUGGAUGUUAGAUUGUAACACUGACAGUUAUGAAUUUUGGUUCAACAACAUCAAAACUCCCGUCUCAGGUCCUCGGUCCUCCAGAGUAGGAGUGUACCUGGAUCACAGAGCAGGUAUUCUGUCCUUCUACAGCGUCUCUGAAACCAUGACUCUCCUCCACAGAGUCCAGACCACAUUCACUCAGCCUCUCUAUGCUGGAUUACGUCUUUAUUAUGGAGGCACAGUUGAGUUGUGUAAAGUCAAAUAGACAGAAGUCAUUUCAGACUUCAUGUGUCAGAUUCUGUUGUAAUUCUUCAUGU